AUGUUUCCGCUUAACGGGAGCCAUGGCACCGCCUCCUCCUCCUUCAUCCUGCUGGGGAUUCCCGGCCUGGAAGCCUUUUACCACUGGAUCUCCAUCCCGCUCUCCUCCAUCUACCUUGUGACGCUGCUGGGGAACAGCACCAUGUUGUACGUGAUCACCACAGAGCAGAGACUCCACAAGCCCAUGUAGCUCUUCCUCUGCAUGCUGGCCGCCAUAGACCUGGUCCUGUCCACUGCCACCCUGCCCAAGAUGCUCUGCAUCGUCUGGUUCCGAGCGGGAGAAAUCAGUUCCACGGGCUGCAUGGCCCAGAUGUUCUUCAUCCACGCCUUCUCGGUCAUGGAGUCCAGCGUGUUAGUGGCCAUGGCCUUUGACCGUUUCGUGGCCAUCUGCAACCCCCUCAGAUACGAUUCCAUCCUGACCACCGCCCUGCUGACCAAGAUUGGCAUCUUAGUGGUCCUGAGAGGCACCGUCUUCAUCGCCCCGAUCCCCAUCUUAGCGGCACGCCUUCCCUACUGCAAGACCAACAUCAUCGCUCACACCUAUUGUGAGCAUAUGGCAGUUGUGAAAGUGGCUUGCUCAAGCAUCCUGGCCAACGUGGUCUAUGGGCUUCUGGUGGCACUGCUGGUGGUUGGGGCUGAUCUGCUAUUUAUCACCUUCUCCUACUGCAUGAUUACCAGGGCAGUCCUGGCCCUGCCCUCACGAGACGCCCGCUACAAAGCCUUCAGCACCUGUGCGGCUCAUGUGGUGGUCAUCCUGGUGUCCUACACGCCGGCGCUCUUCACCAUUCUGACCCACAGAUUUGGCCAUCAUGUGUUACCCUAUGUGCACAUUCUCCUGGCCAACUUCUACCUCCUCUUCCCUCCCUUGCUGAACCCCAUUGUCUACGGAGUGAAGACCAAGGAGAUCAGAGACCAACCCCCAAAGGUCUGGCAUCUUGGCAAGCCUAGCAUAUAA